AAGAGAAACGCGGUUUUUUUGGAAAAAAAAAAAUUAGUAACAUCUUCUAUGUCUUCUAUCAUGACGAAACCUACUAAGAAAAGAGGCAGCACGAAGGCGGCUGUUUUUCCGUGCUGGUUCUACUUUUGCUUCCGUUUCGUCACCUUCCUCCAAGGACUCCCAACCCUGAUCUUCGCUGUCGACCGGCAACAGUUUAGCAAUGCGGCCACGAGACGAGUAAAGGUGGCAGCGGAUCAUGAUCAACGACCUCGUCCCGAAGCAGGUGGAGGAACUACUACACCACCAGCAGAUGUUGAAAAUGGCGCAACGAAAUUACCACCUAGCUCUGCUGCUGCGGCAGGAGUAGGAGGUCCGCCUGGGGUAGUACCGGGAAAUAUUAAGGGUGAAACCCUAGACAAAAAGAACGCAGAAGAGCAAAAACCUGCCGCAAAAGACAAUCCAACACAAAUUGUCUUCGAUGAGCGCCUGGACGAAUCGGGCCUGAAGGAUAUAAAUGGUGAGGACGAGGACGUGGACGAACUGAAGCCGAGCGACGCUUCUGCGGAGCGAAAAAUCGGACGGGAGCAGGAGGAUUUGGUGGACAAUCUCGUAAAGGUAAAUUACCCGGUCUUAUCAAUUGUAAAAAUGUCUGGGUCUGGAAGAUUCUGACACUUGUCAUGCACAUUUUGCAUGAGCCCUGAUGUCUGUGAUGCAUGCCCUAGCAUCACAGAUUCUUCGAGAGCUUCUUGAUGCCUAUUCCGCAUGACAAAUGCCCUCUCCGUGUAGCAAAAAUUGCAUUCCUGAUGGUACUCAUGCAAUACAGAUUUUUCUGGAAUCCAAAUGCAGCAUCACAGGUUGCAUUCUUCCAGACCCAGACAUUUUUACAUUUGAUAGGUCUAUCAGCUCGAACUGCACGCCACCUACAACCUGUGGAAACGCGCACAGGAGUUGAAACCGGACCUGUUUUCCUACAUUGUGGCCUCGCUGAACCCAAUCACGGAAGUCGGGGGGCUACGGGAGGACGAGGAGAAGGUGUGGUGGCUGCGGUACAUCGUCAUGGCGGCGUUUUACAUGCUCAUUUUGUCCUUUGCCGCCAACAUGAUGAGCGACGGCGCAGAACUGCUCAUGCUGGUGCCCGAGUAUGUGGACCUGGUCGGGUCGAUCGUGUUGCCGCUGUUGGGCGCGUUCCCGGACGCGCUGUUCGUUUUGUUUUCCGGCUUGGGUCCAAGCGAGUUGGUGUACCGGAGAGUCACGGCCGGGUUCGGGUUUCUGGCUGGGUCCAGCUGCUUUCUGCUCUGCAUCCCCCUAGCCGGCGUGAUGGCGGCGGGCCGGGUGCCGGUGAGGAACAACCCCAACAAUCCGAAACAGCUCCUCGCAGACUACACCACGGAGGGCAAGGAGAAGGGCAAGACAAGCCGGGUGUGGGAUUCGGGGGCGAGUCUGAACCGCUCCGUGUUCAACGCCCUGCUGUGGACGUUUCUGACCUCCUUCACCACGGGGUUUGGCAUUUUUGCAGCCUACGACUCAAAAGACCAGAUGGUCGGGAUGGCGGAAAAAUGGACCAACAUCACGGAGAGCUCCGACGAGUGGCGCAUGGUAGCCUUGCAGGAAUACGUGGCGGACUUGAAGGGGGAUAGCACACCCUUCUCGCAACAGAAGCCAUUCGUGAGGUACUAUGAAUAUUCUUGAUCAAAGCAAGAGCGCUUGUCCAAGCUGAGUUUCGGUUUCCCUUUUAAUCCCCCGAUCUUGAUAUUCCGGCACUUCGUGGAGAUGGUGAAUCCAGCUGCCCGUAAAACUAACUUGGGGUAGUGUUUCGCUUUCGCUUAUAAAAUCAUGAUGCGCAUUGAGAUGAGUAAGUUAUGAAGAGCAAGAAGCAAAUCGCCACUACGUGUCAGCACGACCGCGCUGUCAAUAUAAUUCCGUGUCCACCGAUCCACAGGACCUACUGGUGGUGGGAAGACGAGAACGCGUACUGGCGGUCCUACAGCACCAUUGCGAAGCACCAGAAAUUUUGGCUCCAAAUGGGUUCCGGCGUGUGCCUGGCUUUGUGCGUGAUGUACUGCGUCGCCAAUCUUCGCGUCGCGCAUAAGAAGAACCAGGCCCGGCAGGCCGGAGAGAAUGAAACAGUUUCUACUGCAGGAGGCGCGGCGGGCCACCACGGGCACGGACCACAACCAAAGCAACUGCAACUACGGCACGGCGAUACCAGUAUGAAACACCAGCCGCUGUUCUCUUUCACCAUAUCCUGAGUAAAAACGUACCCACACCAUAGUCAAGAUGGGAAAUCGGCUAGACAAAUCCACAAGUUUUGGCUGUUUUGCAUGACAAAUUUGGAUUCGUAGUGUAGUGCUGUUUGAGCUAGCUCAGCAGCAUCACAGAUCUAGCAUACCAUGCUGAUUGGAGCAUGACAAAUUUCAAAACACCCUUAGAAAAUGCUUCUCAUGGGGCUCCGCAUGGCAAACAUUUUAAGCAUGCAGAUUUGCAUGACAACUAUGGUGUGGGUACGUUUUCACUCAGGAUACACCAACGAGUCGCAUCAUCAGGACAUGGUGGCCAUCCGGAGUUCGCUGCGGCGGUCAAUAUUGUAAGGAAAAAUCCCCCCUCCCCAUAUCGAAAAAGUAUGAUUCCGAAAAUUUGUGUUGCUGAUUUGAGACCACAAAUCACGUCUGUCUUGCAAGAAGACAAGUGCAGAAGCUUCCGCUCCAUUAUGGAAGCGAUUUGGCAUGCUGUUGCGCCUAGGGGGCAGCCGUGUGUAAUGCUAAGCAACUAGACCCAAACACCCCUACCUAGGCCGAGGAUCUGGCUGCGCUGCCUCACUGCAAGACAAAUCAGAUUUGUGUACGCAGAUCCGGCAUCAGAAACUUCGUUUUGAUAUGGGGAGGGGGGAUUUUUCCUUUUGAUAGUCAAGUAUGAUUGACAACAACGAGUUGACGUUCCAAGCGGCGAUGGAGGGCUUGGUGCGGAAGAAAACGCUGAGCCCGCAGGAGAAGCAGCGUUAUUUCCGCGAGACGCUGCGGCCCUUCUUCGAGCGGCGCGCCCAGCGGAUCCCGAACCACCCACUUUCGAUCCUCAACGAACGCGAAUUCCUGAAACUGCUGGAGCAGGUGGUGUCUGGUGGCGGGGGGAAUGCGAAUGAUAAUUCUAGCGGUUCUUUCGCACCAGCAUCAGCAGGAGCUGCUGCCAGCAGUACAACGACCAUCUCUAUCGAGGAAGAGGAGCUUUUGUUGGGAAGAUUUAAAACCAUCGCCGCCAGCGAAGCUUCGCUGGCCCCCGUCCACAACCCGGGGGUGACUCUGGAGGAGUUCGCGGACAUAAUGUUGUGGUUUGUCGCGUACAAAGCGGAAGUAGCCGAGAAGAAGGCGCUGUUCUUGAAGAAACGGGGUGGGUCCUCUCUGACGCGGGACGACCUUCUAGCGUCGGGGGUUCAUUUUCCCAGCGCGUCGUUCCCAAGUACUGCCGACGGGGGGAAAAGCAGUGUUGACAGGAAGAUGGUCGAUCGGGCACUGUUGGUUGGCUCAUCUGGCGAUGUUGAGACGAAUGCGGCGAUCGACGGCUUUGUGGCCUUUCCAGGGACAUUACCCGCGGGGGCAACCCCACCCCGCGCGGAGGGCGAAGCUGCGCUGCCGGUUAUUUCGGAGGGGGAAGCUGCGCCGGCCAUUGCGGAAGGCGAAGAUAUUACCGGAGGCAGGAUGAAUCGCUUCCCGGUGAUUCCCAUCAAUGAGGGGAUGUCACUCCACAGCUCCGUGCAUUCCGCCAUGCCUUCGGAAUACCCCUCGCACGCCAUGGGGGCCGGCGGGAAGGAGUCCGACGACGAGGUUCCGGAGGAUCUGCGUCACCUCCCCUACGCGCUGCAGCAGCGGGCGCUGAAGCAGCGCGCCGCUUGGAUGAUCUUGGUGGGCGUGGUGUCGAUCACGAUCUUUGCGGAGGGGUAUCCAAGAAGAAAACAUUGUAGGUGUAACUUUUUUGGGGGAACAGCAUUACAAAUUUGUCUGGCAUGACAGCAAAAACCUGUCAUGCGCAGAUAGUACGUGAAAACGCCCUUUAAUGGGCCCUGCGAUGCAUGCCAAGCAUGACAAGGUGCAAUCAUCUUGCAUGUUGAGCAUCACAAAUUUACACUAACAACGUUUUUUUCAUCUUGGAUAAGGGGGCGACGGAGAUGAUUGUGUACACGGGCGACUUGUUGCGCGUUCCCACCUUCGCCGUCGCCUUCUUUCUCGGCUAUCAAGGAACAAAAGUGUGUAAGUGUAACUUUCUUGGAGGAACAGCAUGACAAAUUUGCUCUGCAUGACAGAGCUAACCUCUCAUGCGUAGCUAGCACGUGAAAACCAAAACACUUACGAGAAGAACCCCUAAUGCGUGUCCAGCAUGACAAGUGUAGGCGUCUUGCAUCCUGUGCAACACAAAACUUUCACUUUCACUUUACACUAUCGCAGUUUUUUUCUUGCAUAUCGGCCCGCUGGCGACCAAUGCGGGGGAGUUUUUCGCCGCCGUGCAGAUUGGGAAGCUGAAAACCGAGGUGUCCACCAGCGUUUCGGUUUGUUCCUUGCUGGGCGCGGCGGUGUUCAACAACACUUUGGUUCUCGCGGUCUUGUACUUCCUGUGCUGGCGCCAGGGGCUCAUGUUUUGCUUCCUCUCCCAAACCUGCUGCCUGCUCGUGUGCACCUGGGGGGUGAGCCUCCUGUUACUGGUCUUCUCCGUUAACGGCGCCGUGCGGGAAGACGGAGAUAACAUUGCUGAAGCGCCCACGACCUCCAAAGUAGAUGCUGACAGAAGUGCAAGCAGUACUACGGCAAACACGACCGGGACGACGAGACGCUCCCCGCGGGCGCAGCUGCCAGCGUCGGAAAACAAAAGUCCGGCGGCUUCUCCCGACACGCCUGCGCGGGACCUCCAGUUAUCCGCCAGGGCGUUCUACGAUCCGGCGUCGAUGAAGGAGGGCCACAGUGCGAAGUUGGAAGCGGCGGAGAAGGAAAAGAAAGACUUGUGGUGGCAAGAGCACGUGAUCAUCAAGACCCCUGCCGCGUACACGAUUUUCUGCAUCUUUUUGCUCUCGUUCUGCACCUACCUCGUCUGCCACAGGUACGUUUUCCCCUGGGAGGCGGUGUGGUCCAAGGGCUACAACUUUUUUCCCAACAGCAAAAAACUGAAAGAAAUGCUGAAAAAAGAAGAAAAAGGCAUGAAAAGAUUCCAAGAAGAUGAGAGCGGCCGGAACGACGCACGUCGACGCCAGAGGUCGGGAGCGGCAGCGAACGCGGACUUAAUGGGUGCUCACGAUCCUGCAGGAGCGUUUCUGGAAGGACAAGAAAACCUCCUUCGUCCACUUCCAGCAGAACAAGAUACGACGAACAUCUUUUCGUUCUUUGAACAGGCGCAGACGAUGCUGAAGAGCGUUUUCAGUUCGAAUGGUGAGUUAGAUCUACAAUUACCGGACGAGUGGCAGGACAAGAAACCUUUGGACGCCGUCGAGGUCAGCACGGGAACUGAUUCAAAAUUUCCUGCUCACGGAGAUCAAUUAGAAGCAACCCGAGUACUUUCUGCCUCGCCAAGCUUUGCAAGUAGCUCCAGUCGUGGAAUCAUGGGAGGCCACGAAGGUACUAGAACAAGCAUGACCUACUUCGACCAGAUGCAGCACAAUUUGAUUGCUGAGCCGCUGCUGUACUUGUUCCUCGCUUUGGUCGCGUUGACAGUGAUGGCACUGCCGGUGGCGAUUUACUACUGGAAGUCAGGACCAAAAGUGGAGGUUUGUGUCACCGCAAAGAACUUCAGGAUAGACGAGAGUUCUAACGACACCGGAUCAGUAACAAACACGACUAGCGGUAGUUCUAGUUCAAUGUCCACUACUAGUCCAAGAUCCGCACCAUCACGAGACAUGACGGCUGGGCUGGAAACUAAGAAGGAGACAAAAUCCAGUGGGGACGCGAAUUAUGCCGGGAAGAAGUUGGCAAGUAGUGUUGGGAGCUUGGCAACUUGAUAAAGAUAGUAGUACUAAUACGAAAUAAAACAAAAAUUGAUCUAGAAAGUAGCCGAUUUUAUCAUAUUUCACACUAUUGUUCUAUGCUAUUCAUGGAUAUUGCAAAAGAUGACCUACUAUGUUCUUGAGAGAAGGGAUUUUCUUGAAUGCCGUGUGCGUUGCUUGGCUGUCCUUUCAGAGCUUUAGUUUUGUUUAUCGAGUGUAGAAGAAUUCUCUUCAGAGACAGGUUGUGAAAACUGCCGGAAUUCUGUGCCCGAUUCUCGUAAUUCAUUCAUUACCACGGAAAAACUAAAACAGUCACUGAAUUAUUUUGUACCGAUAAAACAAAAACUGUACAUACAAAUGAACAAUAAGAGCUCGCGUUAGGGAGGAAAACCGGGCGGAACGUGGUGAAUCUUUAAAAUUUUUCGCGCCUUCUCAUCCGCCCCGGGCCCAUCCUCAUUCUGGCCCCCCUCCUUUCCGAGCUGGCUACUUGCCCCUCAGAUAUUACAGGGCGGGCAUAGUACUCUUUGCGCCGCCUCCCUUCGUCCCCCUCCCCUUCAGCAGGCGGGGCGCCCAUCCUAGGAACGGCCGAGUGCAACUCCGCGGCCCGGCUUUUUUGUCCCUAUGGAGGCGGCAUGCACCGCGAACGCAGCGCCGGGGCGCAAGUUAUGCCGCAGCCCCCAAAGCAGCACGCCACAAAAUGCCUGGAAUGGCCGCCCGGCCUUCCGCGCCAGUAACCGUGGGGUGGCGGGCGCGCGCAAAUUCAUGGGCGGCCCCCGGGGCAAGGAGCCCCAAGGGCUCGGCAGCCGUUGGCCGUGUGCCAAGGGGGCAGGCCGCCGCGCAGAAAAUACCAUCGUGGGCGGCCCCCAUAGAUGCUUGCAUUGCGCGGGGCCUCCGGAGGGCCCGAUGGCGGCCGGGCCGCGGAGGACUCCCGAAGGGCCCCGAUCGGGGUCAUUUCUGGGGCCCAAUAUUUUUCCCAGAUUUUUCCCAGAUUUGAACCCGAUGCGGCCAGAUUUACAGCGGUACGACGUCAAAGAUUUUCGCCAGAUUUUGCCCAGAUUCGCCCCCCGGAUGGGGUCGAAUCUGGGGCCCGAUCUGGGCGAAAUCUGGACGCCGGACAUUUUCGCAAGAUUUGGCCCCGACGCGGCCAGAUUUACAGCGGUGCGACGUCAAAGAUUUGCGCCAGAUUUGCCCCGGGCCCGGGGCCAACACACUCCGGCGAACCCAUGUCGGGUUCGCAGGCUGGCCCGCGCUGCGCCCCCCGGGCCAAUCUGUGAGUAUUCGGCUUCGGCGACGACUUGGCCGCCCCAACUCAAGGAAGCUCGCGCGAGCGGACACGCGAAAUGGUUUGUCGCUCUCUCCCGCCGAGCCCGCCCCAGACCGCUCGGCCCUUUCCUCCGCUUCCAAAUGAAGUAGUUGCCUGUGGGGCCCGGCGACGAGGAGGCCAGACCGGUGCCCCCCAUUCAUUCGCCACCGCCCCCCUGCGCCCCCUAUUACGGAUCACGCGCGCCGUCAGAAAGCAAGGGCGCAGGGCGCACACGGUGUGAUGCUGUGAAGCCCCGCAUACUGUAAGAGCUUGCGCGGCCUGUUCGGCCGGCCGAAUGAGAAUUCCAGAAAAAUUUUAAAGAUUCACCACGUUCCGCCCGGUUUUCCUCCCUAAUCGCGCUCCCUACCGCUAAUUGGUAACGGCAGGACUGAU